AUGCCUCCUCUGGACUGCCAACACAAACUGGAUGGACUGGGCCUUAAUGAAGUAAACAAGCCCAUGCUGACUCAUGCUGAUGGGCUAAUCCAAAAGCCAAUUAAUGGCCCAAUGCAAGCAAAACCUUCCUGCAGUCUAAAAUUGGAUGUCCCAAUUGCAAAAGACCCAACUAUACUCAACUUCUUUCUUCCACCGCCGUGGCCCAAUUGUUCACUGGUAUCCACCCAGACGGCCACUCUUUCGAACACGAAACGGAGCCCUUCUCCCAUUGUAGAUAAGUCUGGUAGUCGUCGAAAGCUCAAUUGUUCUAUGCAUUCUGAGAAUGAGGAAUUCAACAAUGUGGAGCUGUCAAAAGGAAAGAAAAUGUGCCGGUCUCCAUCUGAUUGGGUACUUUUUCUAAUAGAAACCCGCUCUUCUGUACCGCGUUUGUCUAAAUGGAUGGAAACUAGUUCUUUUGUUCAUAUGGAAGUAGUUGACCCUAUAAAUACCUCUGGAAAUAGAGCUGGUGGUUUAGCCCUUUUCUGGUCAGAUGAUGUACAUAUUAAUGUCGUCGUUAAAACUCAGAAUUUUGUGUGCUGUAAAGUAGUUGAACUUAAUGGUUUUGAAUGGUUGAUGGUUUUGGUGUAUGGUCCUCCCCUGGUUGUAGAUAGGCCUACUAUCUGGCAGCAACUUCUUGCUACUAUCUCACCUUUAGAGUAUCAUGUUCUAUUUGCAGGGGAUUUCAAUCAAGUGUUAUCCCCUUCUGAUAAUGAACAACAAAUGAGAUUACAGCUUGAUCAACUUUUAGACUUCCAAGACUCUUAUUGGAGGCAGAGAUCUCACAUUACUUGGAACCUAGAGGGUUAUCGUAAUACAAGCCUAUUCCACCAUUGGGCCACCCGCCGCCAAGCUCGCAAUUGGGUCUCUGAUCUGCGAACUCCAAAGGGUUCAUGGGAAACAAGUCCACUUGCUCUUUGCCGUAUGAUAACAGACCACUUCUCUUCUGUUUAUACUCAACCAGAGGUUUAUCCUCCUUCCCCACCUGGACUGGGACUACAAGCUUCUCAGAUAGAUCUUAAUGAUCUCCUGCAGCAUCUACCUACCCUUUCCUCUGAUCAAUUGCUCCAGCUGCAGCAUCCCAUUACUGAACGGGAGAUCAAGCCACAAAACUGGUAUAGGCGUUCAAGUUGCGCGACAGGCUCUGUUAGUCUCUCACCUUAUCGCCUAAAUUUUGAGAAAUCUUCCAUGGCUUUUAGUCCCAAUACUCCGAUGCAUUUGCAGACUUUUCUUCGACAUAUUGUGCAUAUUGAUCAGAAUUUUCAGGCCAAUAAAUACCUUGGAAUGCCACUCGAACUUAGCCGUAAUCGGGGUGUCAUCUUUUCUGACAUACUUCACAAGGUCCAAGGGAAAAUUGCCACAUACAAGAUAGAGUCUUUAUCUGUUGUUGGUCGCAUGGUUUUGGCUCGGCAUGUGCUGUCUUCACUUCCUCAAUAUGCUAUGGGGAUUUUUAAGCUCCCAGAGUCGAUCAACCAUGGUAUUAAUAAACAACUUGCUCGUUUCAUCUGGCAAGGAGAUCACGAUGGGUACAAAAUUCACUGGGAAGCUUGGUCUACCGUUUGUAAAUCUCGGUUUCAUGGGGGCCUUGUGCUAAAUAUUGUCGACGAUCGGCUUUUCUAUCGUCCAGUUCGAUUAGGUUACCAUCAAGCCUGCAAUUUAAUGGAGAUCUGGAAGGAUCGUAAUCGUCAGGUUCUUGGUGAUGGUGAUCUCCCCUUGCCUCAUUUGGUGGUCUCUUCAGCUUUAUCGGCAUUCCAGGAAUAUCAGUCCAUCCCUUCUACCAUACCAUUUGAUCCAGGUGGUAGUGAAAGUGGUUGUCAGGCCUUGUGGUCCCCAUCAUUCCCUUGUUUGCAGGUUGAUGGUGCCUUUUCUCCUUUGCAAGAAGUUGCAAGGGCUAGCUGGGUGUUUUCCUCGCCUAUGGGAGUUAUUCUAUCGUCAGACAGUUGUGCUUUCCUGGCAAGUUCUUCUUUACAGGCAGAAGAUUUUGCUUGCCUUGUUGCGUUGGACACAGUGGACUCAUUGGCUCACCCGAGGUUGCAGCUCCACACAGACUGUUUGGUGUUGGCUAAAAUUCGCCAUAAUCAUACGAACCCUCUAGUGGAGGUGGCUUUCUAG